AUGGAUGUGAUCGCAUUUCCAUCAACAUCCACCCAAACACACUAUCUCUUCUCCUCAACAUCACCUGAGAAUCCACCCCUAAACCAGCCUUUUCCCAUCAUUCCAAACCAAACCCAUGUCAGUCGCUGCAAAUGCAGCUCGGUUGCUAGUUCUAAGCUUACCAAAACUCAGACCCACCAACUGUUUGAUGAAAUUCCUCUGUGGGAUACUUUCGCAUGGAACAACGUUAUCCAGACUCAUUUAACGAAUGGGGACCCAAGACAAGUCACUUCCACUUACCAGAGAAUGCUUUUGCUUGGCGUCAGGCCUGACCGCCAUACUCUGCCUCGGGUUCUUGCAGCUUCGCGGCUUUUAGGUAAUUUGUCAUUGGGCAAACAGCUUCAUUGCCAUGUUAUAAAGUUUGGGUUCGUUUCUGAUGCAUAUGUCACGUCGGCCAUAGUUGAUUUGUAUGGUCAGCUGGAGGGCGUCCAGGCUGCAAAAUGGUAUUUUAAGACUGCCAAUUUCGACAGAAAUAAUGCUGUAGCGUGGACUUUGCUGGCUGGCAUGUUUGUGAAAAGGAAUAAGCCUGAACUGGCGAUUGACUUGUUUAACGAAAUGAUAGAUCAUGGUGGUAAAAUUGUUGAUGCUGUCGCACUGGUUACUGUUAUUACUGCUUGUGGGAUGUUGAAAUCGUUGCGUGAUGGGAGGCGUAUUCAUCAGAUUGCUAAGGAUUUUGGGCUGGAUAUCGAUAUUUUGGUAGGGAAUGCUCUAGUGAAAAUGUACAUUGAAUGUGGUAGUAUCAGAGAUGCCCGGGCAGUGUUUGAUGGGAUGAGGUGCAAAGAUGCCAUUUCUUGGACUGCGAUGAUUAAUGGGUAUGUGAAAAAGGGUGGGUUCCAUGAGGGUCUCAAGUUAUUUCGGUUAAUGAUUGGUGAUGGGAUAAAAGCUGAUGCCUUUGCAAUUUCUAGUGUUCUUCCAGGUUGUGCUCGAGUGGCUGCAAAUAAGAAUGGUAAGGAAAUUCAUGGCCAUCUGAUAAGGAAUGGGAUUGACAUGAACGUAACUGUCCUGAAUGCUCUGAUGGACAUGUACGUCAAAUCAGGGUCCAUUGAGUAUGCUUCAAGAGUAUUUGCUGCAAUGAAAGACAGGGAUGUUAUUUCAUGGACCAUUAUGAUCUUGGGUCAUAGUUUACAUGGACAAGGAAAGGUUGGUGUGGAUUUGUAUCACGAAAUGGUGGAGAACUCAAGACUAGAAGCAGAUCAGAUGACAUUGGCUGCAGUCCUCUAUGCUUGUUACUCUGCCCGCAUGGUUGAAGAAGGUCGGUAUUACUUUAACUGCAUUAGAUCGCCUAAGGUUGCACAUUGUGCCUUGAUCGUUGCACUUCUAGCCCGUGCUGGUCUCUUUUAUGAUGCAAAGGCAUUUAUUGAGGAGAGGAAAAUCUCAAGGCAAGGGGAAGUGUUAAGAGCAUUACUCGAUGGGUGCAGGGUACAGCGGAACACCAUUAGAGGAAAAGAAGUUAUUGAGCAGCUUUGUGACUUGGAGCCUCUUAAUACAGAGAAUUAUGUUCUGUUAUCGAACUGGUACGCACAUCACAAAAAUUGGGACAUGGCAGAUAAAUAUAGUGAGACAAUUAAGGAUAUGGAUUUGAGGCCUAGAAAAGCAUGUAGUUGGAUUGAGUUCAAAAACAAGAUUCAUGUCUUCAGGACAGGGGAUGCAUCUCACCCACGAUCAGAAAGUGUGUACUCUGAACUACAGAAUUUACAGAAGAGGGUAAAAGCAGAAGGAUUUCAGAGUGCAGAUUUUAGUCUCCAUGAUGUGUACGGAGAGAGAGAAUGUGAUCCCAUUGGACAUAGUGAACUCUUGGCUGUCUCAUUUGGUCUUAUCAAUAGAGUAGCAGGGCAAACAAUUCGCGUGAGUAAAAAUGGGCGUGUCUGUCAAAAUUGCCAUAGUUUUGUCAAGGCUAUUUCAAAAGAAGCGGGGGUUGAAAUUGUAUUAAGAGAUCCAGGUUGCUUUCAUCAUUUCAAGGAUGGAUGUUGUUCUUGUAUGGACUGUUGGUGA